CACAUCCCUCCUGUCAGUCUGUCCGUUAGCUCGCCUGAAUGAAAACACGGGAGCGACGACACCGUCGGUGAAGCCGAGUUGUGGAGAUAAAAAUCAACUGCAGCCUUCCUCUGCGGGGUUUCUUCUCGGGUGUGACAGGUGUACAGCUUCGAUCAGCGCGCUGUGUGCUGGACGUGAUAGGGCAACAUGGACCCACGGAAAGUGGCAGAAUUAAAGGGCUUCGUGCACAUGUGCGAGUCCAACCCGGAGCUCUUGCACCUUCCAGAGAUGGCAUUCUUCCGGACCUGGUUGGAGAGCAUGGGUGCAACACUCCCUCCCCCACCCAAGACAAAGGAGUCAUGCCAGGGCGGCUGUCCCUGUGGUCCUCCUCCUACAUCAGCUCCAGCUCCACCUCCUGAGCCAGAGCCUGCUGUGCAGUCUGAGAGUGAGGAGAGUGAUAUAGAAAUCGACAGAGAGGGGGUGAUCGAACCAGACGAUGAUGAACCGCAGGAGAUGGGAGAGAUGGAAAAUGUCGAGGUCACAGAGGAGAUGAUGGACCAGGCCAGUGAUAAGAAGAUGGCAGCCAUUGAUGCUUUAGGAGAAGGCGAUCUGCAGAAAGCUCUGGAUCUUUUUACCGAAGCAAUCAAGCUGAACCCCUGUGUAGCCAUCAUGUACGCCAAGAGGGCAAGCGUCUUUAUCCAGAUGAAGAAACCCAACGCAGCCAUUAGAGACUGUGACAGAGCCAUCAGCAUCAACCCAGACUCUGCACAGCCUUACAAGUGGAGGGGAAAAGCUCACAAGCUGCUGGGCCACUGGGAGGAGGCAGCCAAGGAUCUGGCCACAGCCUGUAAACUGGACUAUGACGAGGACGCCAGUGCGAUGCUGAAGGAGGUCCAGCCUAAGGCUAACAAAAUUAUCGAGCACAGACGCAAAUACGAGCGUAAGAGAGAAGAGAAGGAGAUCAAGCAAAAACAAGAGCGGAUAAAGAAAGCCAGAGAGGAGCAUGCACGGGCUCAGAGGCAGGAUGAGGAAGCACGACAGUUUGGAGGAGGGUUCUUCCCAGGACCUGCUGGAUUCCCAGGCGGAGCCCCUCCCGGCAUGGCUGGUCUCGGUGAUCUCCUGAAGGAUCCUGAGGUGCUCAACGCCAUGAAGGACCCUGAGGUGAUGGCUGCCUUCCAGGAUGUGGCACAGAACCCGGCCAACAUCGCCAAGUACCAGAACAACCCCAAAAUCAUGGCCCUCGUCACCAAGCUGAGUUCUAAAUUUGGAGCCCCACCACAGCCAUAGACUGGGAAGGACCAAAGACAAGAGGAGAGUGGAUACGUGGUGAAACAAUCUGGAGAGCCACAACGCUUUUCAACAAUUAUUCCACUGUGUGCAGAUCAAACAGGGGGAGCAGGUGACAGGUUAUUUGGUGUCAUGUAGAGAAAGUGGGGCAACUUUUUAAAUGUACUUAGAACUUAGCAACGUCUCGACUAAGCCACCCGAUGGUCAGGAGUCAGGUCUGACAGCUUCCUCCUGACUCGUCUCAGCUGGGACUUUAUUAACCACAGGUUGAUUUCUUAACCUGUAUCUGCAACAGCUAAACUGGGAGCUCCCGCAUUAAGACGCCAGCUCACAAAUAUUUUCACAGCCAUUUAAUACGUGGUGAUGGUUUAGCUACUGGUCUUUACUUUCUCCGAGUGGAGCCGAACUCUCACACACAACUGUCAGCGCUUUUUGUUAUCAGAUCUAUUAUUAUAACUGCGAAAAAAAAUUAACUGAUCUUGUUGUCUGACCCUGUUGGAAAAAUGAUUCACAAUAAUAAAAGUUCUGUUGCUGCAAAA